AUGACAUAUGCGCUGCCUGUUCUAGUUGCGGGCCCGCUUCCCAAAAUUGUCAUUGUACUAAAAUUUUACGAUGGAUCCUGGAAUCUGCAAAAGUUUCACUCAGAAAUCAAUCUGAAGGACAGUAGCAUUCAGCGCUGCCGUCGCUUUAUGGAACGAGUGACCACUGUGGGAAUCCUGCUGGAGCAGAUGAAAGAGGCGCCCAAGCUCUACGUCAAGUCAGUUUCGGCAUGGCAGGCACCUGCCAAGCGCCACGAUGCCUUCAUUGAGCGCUCCAACGAAUUCCGCCGGGAGGAGAUACGCCGGCGUCGGCAGUUUGCAAAGGAGCUGCAUUGCAAACUCCUCGGUGAAAUGUUUGGACCCCUGAAGGAGGCCAAAAUGAUUACACGUGGU